AGCACCAAAAAUUUGACAUCCUUACUCCAAUAGACCAAUUGCCGCUCUAACUACUACUCAUUGUCUCACUUGCUCUACCAUUCUUCUGCCUUUUCUGUUCUCUGCACUACAAAUUGUUCCUUUUUCUGCACCACAAACUGUGUUUCUGUGAUCAGUGAUUAAUCUGAUUGAUUAAUUUUUCUGGGAAACCCAGGUGAUGGAAAUUAAUAGUGAAGGCUUAUUGAAAUUGAUAUUUUCUUGGUCUCUUUAGGAUAUACUCAACAAUGAUCAUUACAAAGACGAGGUGAGGCCAAUUCCAAUGGCAUUCUGGUCAGUAAGUGACUAUCUGAAAUCAUUUAUUUUUCCACUUACUGAGGAAACUCGUACAGAUUUAUGCUCAAGCAUGAUGAUGUUGUCAGGAGCUCCGGUGUGUGAAAUAACUGACAUUAAUUUGUCUGAAGAUUACUCACCUCCACAUAUUUGUUUUACCAGAUAGAAAUGAAAACAGUAGAGAUGGUGAUAAAAAAAGGGGAUGUGUAUGAGCCUGAGGUUGGACAUCUCAUUGCUUUGACCGAUAAGAGGGCAGCGUGCAUUAAUGAUUUGAACAAGCAUGGAAAUUUCUAUCUUAUUGCUUUAAUUAGGAGGGUUAGAAAGAAAAAUGACGACAAAAAUGUUUAUGAGGUUCAAUUUUUUUUUUUAUCAACAAAAUUAAUUCAGUACCAAGGGUACUAAUGAAUUUACAGAUCAUGAGCAAGAUAAGCAGAAAUAUGGUACCCUAAUACAAGCUAUAUAUCUCAAGAAUUAGGAGACCCUAUAUCUGACAGUAUGCUUAGCCCAAAACUACCCAAUGUCUAUAUACUUAUCCCUCCCUGAUUACAAAAUGCAUCCCUAAUAUUACUGGACUAGUGGUGAAAAGGUAUGUCAAAGCUUUUUUUCUAGGUUUUUUAGCCAUGUCCAACACACGGAAAUAGCACCCUCCAUCAAUUUACUAUCAUUGAAACUUUUGUUUAAAAAGACAAUCUUAUUUUUAUGCUACCAAAUACUCCAAGUUAAGGAAAUUCCCAAAUAUACCAACACUGCAUCCUGAUACCAGAAGACCUCCCAAAAGCAUGUUGGAGGAAGUGUUGUCUCGAAGUUUGUGGAAAUGCUUCCUGAUGUUUUUCCAAGACAUUAAUUUCCACCAAAGCAGUAGAAUUUUACUGCAAUUGAAAAAUAGGUGUGUUGCGUCCUCUUACUUAUUUCUGCAGAACAAACACAUGGAAUGAAUACUUUCAAUAUUUCUCCUACAUAAAUUCAUCUUUGUUGGCAAUCUGUCCCAGAUUAAUCUCCAAGCGAAGAAGGAGGCUUUGCUUGGGAUCUUUAAUUUUCACAAUUCAUUAAAAGCUCCAUCUUGAUUCUCAUCUGUUGAAUCUCUCAUAAGCAACAUGUACAUAUUCCUCAUUGUGUAGUUGCCACUUGAAUCUCCCUUCUAGACCCACUUGUCCUGUUGAUCAGGAUGUGUGGUGAUACCUUCUAUGUCCUCCAGGAACUUAGCAACCAUAUCUAUUUUUGCAUCAAAAAAUGGUCGCCUCCACUGAAAUCUCCACUCCCAGACUGCAUCUCAGAAACUCCCCAUUUGUUGGAUGAACUGUUCUUGCUGAUAAGAAUUAAUGUAUAGCCUAGGGUACUUCAGCAUGAGUGGCACAUCAUCUUUUCUCCAACCAUCCUCCCAAAAUCUCACCUUUGCUCUGCACCCCAUCUUCCAUUUUAUCCUUUUUUCAAACCAACUACCAUCCUCAGUAGAAUGAGUAAUGAAGCUGAUCUCCUGCCACCAAAAGGAUUCACUUUUGACUCUUCUUUCCUCAUCCAAGUUCCUCCAUCUUUUAUAUUUUGAAUCCAACACCCGAGCCCCCAAUUCCCCUUGGUGAUGGAAUAAAUUCCAUCGCCUUUUUCCAAGAAGAGCAUAAUUAAAUUUCCUCAAAUCCCUGUUCCCCAGCCCCUCUUUCUCCUUUGGUAGGCACACUGAAUCCCAGUUUACCCAAGCAAUCUUCUUCUGUCCUAAGCCUCCACCCCACAAAAACCACUGUUGUAGCCUCACCAGCUUGUCCAAUACUUUAUUAGGUACCCCGAAAAAAGAAAAGAAGUAAAUAGGAAUGGAGUUUAGGAUUGAUUUAUGAGGGUCACCCUACCUCCAAAGAACAAUACUUUUGUUUCCAUUUUGAUAGCUUCCUCCCACAUUUUUUGAUAAUGGGAUCCCAAACCUCACAACACCUUUGGUUUGCCCCAAUUGGGAUACCCAAGUAGAGAAAAGAUACAACCAACAGUCUACAAUUUAGAUACCUUGCAGCAUCCUUCUUCCACUACUCCGAUAUUGCAACUACCCCAAAACUACUCUUUGCAAAGUUAAUUUUGAGCCCUUAUACAGCUUAAAACUCCACAAUAUCACCUUGAUUGCUUUCACAUUCUCCAUUGAGGUUUCCCCGAAGAAAAUUGUAUCAUCUGCAUACUGUAGAAUACUGAUUUCUACAUUAUUUCUUCCAAUUGAAAAACCUUUAAACAAUUUUUUCUCCAUUGCUUCUCUCAUCAUGCCAUUUAGACCCUCUGCAACGAUAUUAAACUAAAGUGGAACUAGUGGAUCCCCUUGUCUGAGUCCUCUUUGUGGGGUGAACUCAGUUGUAGGGCUUCCAUUAAUCAAAAUCGAGAUAGAAGCGGAUUUGAGGGAACCCUCAAUCCAAGUAAUCCAUUUAGAGCAAAAAUCCAUCCUCUUCAACUUGUACAACAAGAAAUCCCAACAGAUUGAGUCAUAAGCCUUUUCAUAAUCAACUUUGAACACUAGGCAUGACUUGUUAUACCUUUUUGCUUCCUCAACCGCUUCAUUAGCAAUAAGAAUGUUGUGUAACAUAUGCUUGCUCUCUAUGAAAGCAGUUUGUCUUUCAUCUAUAAUUAUUGCCGGCACCUUCUUCAGCCUUCUUGCUAGUAACUUGGCCACAAUUUUAUACAUGCAACCUAUUAAUGAAAUAGGUCUAUAUUCAUUGAGAUUCUCUGGGUCAUGAACCUUAGGAAUUAGUGCUAGGAAUGAAGCAUUACUUCCUUUCGCAAAAACUCCGUUAACGACGAAUUCAUCCAUGAAGCAGAGCUCAUCAGGUUUGAUAAUUUCCUAGAAUUCCUUAAUGAAUUCCUGGAAUGAUGAGGGAAGUAAUUAACAAAAGCCUUUACAGAAGCUACAUGGUUGAAAAGAAAAAAGAGCCUAUAAAUAUACUGCAGUAUGCGGAUGAUACAGUGUUUGUUGGUGAGGUUUCAUGGGAGAAUGUUAUUGUUUUGAAGGCCAUGCUUAGAGGUUUUGAAAUGGUGUCUGGUUUGAAGAUUAAUUUUACAAAAAGUCAUUUUGGGGUUUUUGGGGAGGAAACCAAUUGGGUUUAUGAAGCAGCCCAAUUUUUGAAUUGCAGUCACAUGGAUACCCGUUUUUACUAUUUGGGAAUUCCUAUUGGGGCUAAGCCUUCAAGUCGUUUGGUGUGGGAACCUUUGAUCAGAAAAUUUGAGGCUAAAUUAUCUAAAUGGAACCAGAAAAUUUUAUCCAUGGCUGGGAAGGUCACUCUGAUAAAUUCUGUCUUGACUGCCCUACCAAUAUACCUUCUAUCUUUCUUCAACUCAAAGAAUAGUUGACAAAGUGGUGUCUUUGCAAAGGAAUUUUUUGUGUUGGGGGGGGGGGGGGGGAAUCAAGAGCAUAAGAAAAUCCCUUGGGUGAAGUGGGAUGUGAUUUGUCUCCCCAAGGAUGAUUGGGGGCCUCGGGAUUAAGGACCUUUCUAAAUUCAAUGCAACCUUGUUGGGUAGAUGGAUCUAGGCUUUAUCCUAUAAUCAGCAUCAGCUGUGGACCAGAAUCUUAAUUUCUAAAUAUGGAGGAUGGUCAGAACUCAGGAAUGGUAGAGACAAAGCUUGGCAUUCCCAGUGGUGGAGGGACCUUAGAAAGCUAAAUCAGCAAUCUGAUUUUAGCUCUAUCUAGCAUCAGAUGGUUUGGAAGGUUGGGUGUGGGGAUAAAAUUAAUUUCUGGAAAGAUAAAUGGUUGGGGGAGGAGUGUAACCUUGAGCUGAAGUAUAAUCAGCUGUUUAUGAUUAGUAGACAGCAGACUAAUACCAUCUCUAUGAUGGGAAAUUUUUCUCAGGGUAAUUGGAGUUGGGACUUGAAGUGGAGGAGGAACUUAUUUGACCAUGAGGAUGAUAUUGCAGUGGCUUUUAUGGAAGAAAUCAAUGCUAUUCCUAUUCAGUGUCAUCUGCAGGGUACCAUGUUGUGGAAAGCUGAUCCUAGCGGUGUGUAUUCCCCUAAGUUAGCUUACAGGUUAUUGAUGACUUGUAAUAGACAGGUUUCAGAGGUAAACAUUUUCCAGACAAUUUGGAAGUUGAAAAUCCCCCCAAGGGCUGCGGUUUUCUCUUGGAGACUUAUUAAAGAUAGGCUCCCCACUAGACAUAACCUUCUUAGAAGAAACGUACCCAUUCAGGAAACUGAAUGUCCUCUCUGUGGGAAUGAACAAGAGGAUGCUGGUCACUUGUUUUUCAAUUGCAAAAUGACUAGAGGCUUAUGGUGGGAAUCCAUGAGGUGGAAGCAGGUUGUAGGAGCACUUUCAGUUUCCCCAGCAUCUCACUUUGUCCAAUUCUGUGAUGGUUUUGGGGUAGGGAGAAAUCAUAGCAGAUGGUGUGGAUGACCAUAGGUGUCUUUGUAUUUGUCUAUUUUCACCAGUACCUCUGGUACUGAUGUUUUCUUAUUAAUAAUAUAUAUUUUCUGCCUUCCAAAAAAAAAUAAAAAAUCCCGCAUUUCCACAUUGCAAGCUUUACUUCUUUCUCAUCAAAAUGCUCCGUCAAUAGGUCAUUGUGAUGGUGCUCAAUGGCUUGAAAUCUGACCCCAUCUAAUUUGGGUCUCUCUCAUUCGAUCUCCUCAAAUCUCUGCUUAAAGAACAAGUGAAUUUCCUUUUUCACCCUUCCAGGUUCAUUAAUCCAACACCCAUCAGCAAGCACUCCUUUCAUGGUACUGUAUCUACGAUUAAAAUUCACCAUCAUAUGGAAGAAGCGGGAAUUACAAUCCUCUUCUUUGUUCCAUCGUGACCUUUUGCCUUAAUAAAGACUCAUGAGAUUGAGUUGCCACCCAUAGGUCCUCCUACAGCUGUUUGCGUGCCAUUAACUCCUGGUCAGUUAGCUGCCUUUCAUCUCCUUCAAUUUCCAGCUUGUUUAAAUCGAUCUCGAUCCUUGAUAGCUUCUUCUGCAUAUCACCAAAUUGAUCUUUGUUCCAAGCUUUCAGCCUCACCUUAAUUCCUUUAAUUUUUUUCUUUUAGCACAAAUCCCCCCCAGCCCCUUAUCGGGUUGGUUGUCCAACACUCUUGAACAACUCUCCUAAAUGAUUUAUCUUGAAACCAGUAGUUCAGAACUUGGAAGGGUCUCGGGCCCUAGUCAACCAUUGCAGGUUUCAGCAAAAUUGGGCAAUGGUCUGAGAAAUUCUGCUCCAAUUGGUUUCAACAUCUAGAUAAUUUUAUGAAUAUGCAGAUUUCUGUCGAGGCAGGGUUUAGGAGAAGUUUGUUUGAAAGGCUGGUUCUUUUGGGUCAUGAAAAACACCUUCUCAAUGUUCAAUAUAGAGUGCAUCCAUCCAUAAGCCGGUUUCCAAAUAUGGAAUUCUAUGACAAACAGAUUUUGGAUUCUCCAAAUGUCGAAGAAAGAAGCCAUGAGAAACAUUUUCUACAUGGAGAUAUGUUUAAGUUCUACUCUUUCAUAAAUGUUGCUUAUGGACAAGAUGAAUUUGAUGAAGGGAAUAGCCGAAAAAAUAUGGUGGAAGUAGCUGUGGUAUCUGAGAUUGUUCUCAACCUCUAUAAAGAAUCAGCUUCUAGCAAACAGACUGUUAGUGUUGGUGUUAUAUCUCCAUAUAAAGCUCAAGUUCUUGCCAUAUAAGAUUCUAUUGGAAAAAGGUUUGGUGGUGAUGUUGAUAAUGACUUUUCCCUGAAGGUUUCCACUGUUGAUGGUUUCCAAGGUGGCAAAGAGGAUGUGAGAUGUAAUAACAUGGGUGUGGGAUUCCUUUCUAAUUUUCAACGGACUAAUGUUGCUUUAACAAGAGCAAGGUAUUGCCUUUGGAUAGUAGGUAAUGGUGAAACUUUGGUGAAUCGUGGCUCUAUUUGGGAGAGAUUAAUCGUUGAUGCUAGGCAUAAUGCUGACAAGGAUGAGAGGUUAUCUGAUGCUACUGCAACUUCUGUGAUUGAGCUUGGUCAAGUUAAUGAUCUAUUGAAUUUGAAUUCUCUGCUCUUUAAGAAAGCAAAGUGGAAGAAAUAUUGGAUUUUGGAAUCCUAUACCAUGCAGCUUUGGUAUGGAGAGCAAUACUGAGUUUGAAGUUUGGGUAAACAUCUGCUUCAACUGCAAUGUCAAUAGCAAUGGUGUAAGUAUAGAAGAGUAUACUCUAUGCAUACAGUCAUAGGUUAAGUAAGAUAAUGUCUCUUUUGGGUUUGCCUUGGCUAUAUUUCUGACAUGAUAAGGAAGAAGCGGUGAUAUUUUUCUCCAAGGAUUUAACUCUUCUAGAGUAAGCUUUCACUUUAGAGAGAAAAGUAAAAGAUCUCAAUCAUUCAUAGAUCAACAGUUGAUAUUACAUGAACAUGUCCAACAAAACCAUAUAUAGUUGUUAAAAUCUCCUGUCGUAAUUUUUUCAUUAUUGAUUGAGGUGUCUCACUUUCCUCUAUGUAGUGAACUAAAAAUUAUCAUAUCCUCUAUAAAUAUGAAUAUUUGAGUAGUCCGAUUAUAUGUGUACAAGAUCAGGCAUGAGGUUGGUGUAAGGGAUGUUCUUUUCUGCCACAUCGCAUGCUGAUUGUUUAUAAUAUAUUGGGUGUUUUUUUUUCUGUCA